ACAGACAGAGGAAAACACAAACACACAAACACACACAUACACACACAGACAGAUAGACACACAGACACAUGGUCGGGGCGUACAUGGAUACCACCGCUGGAAUCCAAAGCCUCCACCUUCUGGAAAAGUGAGCUUCGGAGUGAGCCUCCAUGACUUCCUAUGUCAGACCUUCAACAGGAGCCUUUGAAUCUCCCGCAGGCACUAAUGAUUCCAGCAGAGCCCAGACCGUCCACCUGAGAUAGAGGGCUGGCCACUUCACCUGGACGUUGGCUGUUUUGGAUUUUGGAACUUGUGUGUGUGUGCGCGUAUGCCUGUGUUUGUGAGCAUGUGUGCGCGUGCGUUCUCGCGUGUCUGACUUUUCCGUUUAAUAUAAUCUGAGGAAAAACUAAAUCUACACCAUGCCUUUGAAAGGUGAAAUUCUCGUCACACUCCUCUUCGUCAUCCUCGUCUCUGGAGUUGCAGAGCAGCACAGUCACACUCCUCUCAGUUCCACUGAUGCCAUCACCUCACAGCGUUUGACCGAACUCAUAGGAGCAUCCAAGCAGAGUGCUGGCAUCAGGACCGUGUUUGAGCUGAAGCCUCACCGGACUAAGAGAGCUGCUUUCUUCCACUCCGGGGUGAAGGUGUGUCCCCAGGAGACCAUACGGGAGGUCAUCGCGAGUCACCAGGCCUACUACAAGCUCCGAGUUUGUCAGGAGGCCGUGUGGGAGGCCUUCCGGAUCUUUUUUGACCGGAUCCCCGGAACCACAGAGUACCAGCGUUGGGUCCACACGUGCCAGCAUGAAUCUCUCUGCAUAUCUGACCUCGCCAACAACUUCAGCAGCUCAGAAGAGCACCUCAACAUGAUAUAUCGGAGGAUGAACCUGCGACCGGACCAGCUGCUAGGAGGAGAGGCGGCACCAGAGAAGCCAGCGGUGCCAGCAGGACCAGAAGAGGAUGCCCAGACCGACUCAGAAGAGGAAGGAGAGUCACCUGCUGUCCCAGACGCCCCAGACGCCCCUGACGCCACUCCUGGCACUCCCAGCGACAGCGAGCACGGCACAGAGACAGCUGAGGAGGACUCGGACCUUCCCAAUGUGGUGCCGGAUCAGUCUGUGGAGCAGACAGUGGAGUUCACCAUCAGUCUGGUGGACCCUGGCUACAGGGAACUACUGGACGAUGCAGACUCUCCUCAGUACCACGACUUGUCCAGACACUUACAAGAGCAGAUGUUGCACGUGUUCAACAAACUGCCCGGAUUCAAAGAGAUUAACGUGCUGGGAAUCAGUGAAACAGAGGGAGAUGAUGGGUCUGGAGGAAUCUCGGUCCACUAUGCUGUUCUGUUUGAGAACGGAGACAAAGACAAAGUCUCUUCUGCGCCCAGCCUGACGGACAUGAUGACCACUGCCCUGAGUGAGGAGGCAACUCUUCCAGUUGAUCUCAGCACACUGGUCUUUGGCCCAGAAGUAAUCCCACCAGCACCAGAUGCUGACGAAAUGACUGAAGAGACUUCGGAGCCAGAUUCCCACAAUGACCUCCUUGACGUGUCAGAGGAGGCAGAGGAACCUGAGACCACUGAGGAGGAGGUGCACCUCGAUAUUUCCCCUGAGGAGGAGAACGCUCUGGACGCUUUGCUAGAGCCCACAGUUGGCAGUGAGGACUACCUUGACCUCACAUCUGAUGAAGAACCUGAGGCAACCAGUCCUCCUGAGGAGGAGGAGCCAUUCAUCACCCAUAUGAUUGAGACCAUCAUUCUAGAUGGAACUGGGGAACUUGUAAGAGACUACAUCCCUGCUGCCCCAGUAGAGGAUACUGCUCUUGAACCACCCAGUGAGGAUGACUCAGAAGCAGAGGCACCUGUAAGUGAUCUCUCACCAAACCUCAUUACAGAGGAGCUGCCUGGCACAGAAAAAGACUCAGAGGUUGGUCUGGAUAGUGACUUGAUUCCCAAUUUGAUAUCAGAGGAGGACAGUCUGCCAGGCUCCACCACAGAAACUCUGUUGACAGUGGCUACUGUAAGCCCAGCACUUUCUGAGGAUUCUGAUUCCAGCCUUCCAGUGACCACCCUCUCAGCAAUAACCCAUCAGCCCCCCACCGAGUCACUUGGAGAUGGUGAGGAGGAGGAGGAGGUUGUGGUGGUGGAGACACCUGAAAGUGAGGAAGAAGCCCCUGAGGAAGAAACACCUGAGGCCUCUGAACCUGAGGAGGAACUCGCACCUGAGGAAGAAGUAGCAGAAGCUGAAGAUGAAGUGAGGGAACCUGAAGAGGAGCCAGGUGAACCUGAAGUGGAAGUUAGUGACGAAGAAGGGAGUGAACCUGAAGAGGAGGUUAGUGAACCGGAAGAGGAAGUAAGUGAAGAGGAAGUCGGUGAACCUGAAGAGGAAGUGAGUGCACCUGAGGAGGAAGUGAGUGAAGAGGAAGUGAGUGAACCUGAGGAGGAAGUGAGUGAAGAGGAAGUGAGUGAACCUGAGGAGGAAGUUAGUGCACCUGAAGAGGAAGUUAGUGAACCUGAAGAGGAAAUAAGUGAACCAGAGGAGGAAGUGAGUGAAGAGGAAGUGAGUGAACCUGAAGAGGAAAUAAGUGAACCAGAGGAGGAAGUGAGUGAAGAGGAAGUGAGUGAACCUGAGGAGGAAGUGAGUGAACCUGAGGAGGAAGUGAGUGAAGAGGAGGUUAGUGACCCUGAAGAGGAAAUAAGUGAACCAGAGGAGGAAGUAAUCAUUGAAGCAGAAGAGGAGGAAGGUGCUGAACCUGAGCCUGUGGAGGAAAUAGCAGAACCUGAGGAGGAGGUUGAAGCAGAGGUGUCAGAACCUGAGGAGGAGGUUGAAGCAGAGGUGUCAGAACCUGAGGAGGAGGUUGAAACAGAGGUGUCAGAAUCUGAAGAGGCUGGCGCUCAUGUGCCUGAGCCUGUUGAGGAAGAGAUCCUUGAGGAGGAGUCUCAACCUGAAGAGCCUGAAGAUGUGCAGGUUGAAGUACCAGAAGAGGCUGAUGGAGUGGAAGAUUCUCAGCCUGAGGAGAAGAUUGUAGAAGAGGAAGAGGAACCUGUUGCUGAGGUGGAAGUUGAAGUCCCAGAAGCUGUGGAGGAGGAGGAGGAGGUUGAGGUUUUAGAAGAGGUCAUGGUCUCAGAAGAAGUUGAAGUUGCAGAACCUGAAGAGGAAGCCGAAGCUGAGGAAGAGUUUGAGGAAGACACAACAGCUCCACCUUCAGACAGCAUAAAGAUCAUUAUGCCAGUGGGGCCCGAUGAAGACGUCCAGCAUGAAGAUGUCUACUUCUCACAGCCAGAAGAGCAUGGCAAUCUUCCCUUUGUGCCAAACGACUAUGUGGAGCCUGAAGAAGAACCAAGUGACCUUCAGCCUGCGGAGGAAGUGACAAUAGAGGAGACAUGGGAAGAGGUUCCAGUGGAGACAGAUGUGGAACUCAUAACAGAGCAGCAGCCUGAGGAGCAGAAUGUGAUUGAAGCUGAAACAGAUGACGUUCUGUCAGAUACAGGAGAUGAACCCGAACCAGAGUCAGAAGAGACAGAGGAGGAGGCCUCAGAAGAGGAGACACCUGAGGAUGGAGGAGAAGAGGAGGCAGGUCCUGAGGUGGUGGAAGAGGAGGAGGCAGGUCCUGAGGUGGUGGAAGAGGAGGAUGCUGUCCUUGAGGAGACCCCUACAGAGGCCCCAGAGCAGCCACUGACAACAACUCCCUCCAUUGACCUGGGACUCUUUGAGGUGUUCUUAACGGAUGAACCCUAUGAAGAGACGGGAGUGGAGGUCAUAGCUGAAGAAGGGGACGAUGUGGUGACAGACACAGACACAGACACAGACAUAGAAACAGACACAGACACAGACUUCGAAGCAGACACAGACUUCGAAGCAGACACAGACACAGAAGCAGACACAGACACGUCUCUAGUGUCUGAAAGUGAAACAAGCAUGGAAGAUGUUGCCGCGGAGAUGGACCGGGCUGAUGUCAUGAGCACAGAGACUAUUGACCUGAUGGGCUACGGGAGCGGCUCAAGUGAGGAGCACCCGUUCGAGACAACAGCUACCCCCCCUCUGAAGUACCUGACCACUCCCUCUAUGACCAUGGCAAGCCGAGGCCGAGAGCUUGUGGUGUUCUUCAGCUUACGGGUCACAAACAUGAUGUUCUCCGCGGACCUGUUCAACAAGAGCUCCUCGGAGUAUAGAACUCUAGAGAACAGAUUCACGGAACUGCUGCUCCCGUACCUUCAGUCCAAUCUGACCGGCUUCAAGCAACUGGAGGUCCUGAACUUCAGGAAGGGAAGUGUGGUGGUUAACAGCAAGAUGACAUUUGCGAAGACGGUGCCGUAUAAUGUCACAAUGGCUGUCCAGUGCGUUCUAGAAGACUUCUGCAAUUCUGCGACCCAACGCUUGGACAUCGAGAUUGACAGCCAUUCCCUUGACGUUGAGCCUGCGGAUCAAGCUAACCCGUGCAAGUUUUUGGCCUGCAAUGAGUUCUCCCGCUGCGUGGUGAACCGCUGGAGCAAAGAGGCCGAGUGUCUGUGCGACCCUGGCUACCUCACCGUGGAUGGGCUCCCCUGCCAGAGCGUCUGUGAGAUCAGACCAGACUUCUGCCAGAACGGGGGCGAGUGUGAGAUAGUCCCGGGUCACGGUGCGGCUUGCAGGAAGCGUGUAAGCCACACACUGCCAGGCCUAACAAGUUAGUCAGAAAAAAAGAUACGUAGAUUGUGAUGUGAACCCCAAAGACAUGGCACUGCUUCUGUAGGACGGAAGACCGCACAGAGAGAUUGAGGUCACGAAGGGGCAAAGAGGGCAUCGCCCUCCGAGCAGCUCUUUUUCAUCAACACAUCUGCUCUCCAGAACAUUUCCAAACCAGAACCAGAGCGAUUUGUCUUUUUGCUCCUAUACACCAACCCCCAUGAACCCACGGCGUAAGCUGCCAUUGGACACAACAGCAAACUAAGAAGAAGACUCUACCCGCUACAAGACCAGGUGCUGAUGCUGCCCUGGUGAAAUGGCACUCAAAGCCAGUGGGCUCCAAAUUGUUUUACUAGCAUGUGCUUUCUGUUUUGAAACGCAAUUUUUUUUCAACAGUUGACUAAGGAUGCACCGAAAGGACUGUUUUCCUCACAAUGAGGCAAUUAUUGAUAAUAAUAUUAUGGCUAUGGAGUCUUACAUAUUUUUUUGUGUGAUUGUGUAUUAAUAAUUAAUAUUUGGGAUUGACUUCUUUGCUGGAAAUAUUUUGUUUUCACAAGGUGACAGUUUUUCUUCUAUUUCUGAAAAGUCUGUAGACUAGACAUACAAACUUACUGUAGGCCAAAAGCCCGGUAAAAGUAAAUGAGAGGCCUUUGAAUUGCAGAAGGCUAUUGGCUCAGUCAUUAAGUCAUUAAGUGUUUUGCAAACUAGAACCAGCUAGAAGUAAUUGUAUAAAAAAAAAACCUAGCAUUUCAAUUCAGACGGACUGAGGUUCCAAUGUUAUUAGGUGCAGCUAGGAUUAGCAUUCUUGGUGUAAUGUCUUUCCCAAUAUUGCUAUUUUUUACAUAGUUGUCAAAGUUUGGUUUGCAAUCAAUAAAAGACUAUUUUGUGGUUAAA